CCCAGGGUGCCCCGUAGGGGGGACGUGUGGGGUCGCUGUGCCGCCUCCCGGCUCCGCCAUCGCGCUGUGAGGAGCCUGGGUCGUUACAGGCCUUUGGCCUCCAGGCCGGGGGCGGUUCAACGCCUGCUCCCCAGGCCUGGUGUCGCCAGGGCCCGGCUGAUAUUCCACACGGACAAAUUCAGGAUCCCGCCCGAUAUGGGAGGACUGAGGGGCUGAGUGUCCUCCUGGGCUUUCCCUGUGUGGCCAGCUGCCCACUCUGAUGAAAGGCACCUCGGAUGACGACGUCCCAUGCCCUGGGUACCUGUUUGAGGAAAUUGCAAAGAUCUCCCACGACUCCCCAGGGAGCAGCCAGUGCCUCCUGGAGCACCUCCUGAACCGACUGCAGAAUAACUCCUGUCACAUCAAGCUGAAGGUGCUGAAGAUUCUGCUGUACAUGUGCACACACGGCUCUUCGCAGUUCCUUCAGCAGCUGAAAAGGAAUUCCACCUUCAUCCAGGAAGCAGCAGUGUUCGCAGGGCCGCCAGAUCCCCUGCACGGCAACAGCUUGUACCAGAAGGUCCGAGCAGCAGCACAGGACUUGGCCAGUGCUUUAUUUUCAGAUACCUUGUCGCCCCCACCCUCUGCUCAGCCCACCAGGCCACUUCCCCCAGCAGGAAUGGGCUGCAAGCCCGGCCCCUGCAGCUCCUUGCAAGGCUUCGGCUUCACGAGCGAGAGAAGCGGCUCCCCUUCCGCCGGCGAGGCCCUGCUCGCCACCAUACAGAAAGCAGCCGAGGCGGUCGCCAGCGCUGUGCUGCCCAGCCCAGAGUUCCCCCCUCCCUGCCCCAGGGAGCUGCAGGAUGAUGCCUACCAGCCCGUGACGGCGCCUUCUCCUGGCAAAAGCUGUGUGGUGCCUCAGAAGCCCCCUGCUGCUGCAGCCCACAGCAUGCGAGUGAGUCACCAACCUGGGCAGGCAGGAGGUGGCUGGGAAGAGACGGACAGUGGGCACAGCUCCCAGAACUCCUCGCAGGAGAACGGGGAGCUGAGCAGGACCUCCGACUCCUACAGCAAAUCAGGCAGCGACAGCCCCUCUGGGGCCAGCAGGGAGCCGGGGAACGGAACUGAGAGGGUGGAGGGCGACUGCCUGCAGGAGCUGAGCCUGGUGAGCGUGCUGACCAGGGGCUCCAAGGUCUUCCUGACGCGGGAGGAGACCCAGCACUUCAUCAAAGAGUGCGGGCUGCUGAACUGCGAGGUGGUGCUGGAGCUGCUGAGCCGGACGCUGCAGGACCCCAGCCAGCUCGUCUGCAUGAGGUCCAUGUGUGCCAUAUCCUCCCUCCUGUGCUCCGACCUGCUGGCCCACGAGCAGAUCUCUGUGAUUACCCGGCCACACCUGCAGCAGCUCAGCCAACGAAGCCCCGGUCCCAUGGCCAACAAAGCAACAAAGCUCCUGAGGCAGUUUGAGGCUUUGUGCAGGAGCUGCCCGUCUCCCAAGAGAUCACAGCCAGACACGGAUCCCUCUGCUCCUGCCAGGGGCUCCCCCCAACACACGCGUGACUUGCUGAUGGACCUCAUGCCUCUGGCAGGAGACACCGUUCUCAAGCCCGUGAGCUUAGCCCCUUUCCUCUCGGAGACCUGUAAAGCCCUAGCAUUCGAUGCGCAUCCUGUGGCCGUGCCCGCCCCUGCGGGAGAGCAGGGCACAGAAGCAGAGACCUGUGAGCAGUUUGGGGAUGUUGCACCAGGCUGUCGGUGCCAGCAGGAGGUGGAGUGCAGACUAACGGGGCCUGAGGCCCAGCUGGAUGCUGCCCGGAUGGAUUCCGAGCGUGCACAGACGCUGAAUGGCAGGCAGGGGGCAGCUGUACCCCCUCAGAGCCUCUCCCUGUUCGCAGGCAUGGAGCUGGUGGCCCUUCCAGGCACAGCAGUAGCCAACUCUGGUGGGGAGGGAUGUGCCUCUCGUGUUCCACGGACACUGCCCUGCACUGGGACUGCCAGCCCCAAGGCUCACGGGGACUCCGAGGGCAGCAGGGAACCGUCUGCAUUCUCCUUCCUCAACAUGUAGCAGCUGGGGCUGCAGGACACUGAGGAACUGGGGUCUCGCUCGCUGCGUGUCACGCUCAGGCCAUCACUACAGGGGCACCAGCUGCUCACUCCAAAGCGAGGCCUCCCCGUUCCUUGUGGGUGCUGCCCAGUCCACGUCCUGCAGACGGGCUGGCAGUGCCGGUGCUGCUGGGGAGUAUCUCGCUGGGGCACAACGAGGAAAUGGAGUCUCCAGUCACUCCCUUCAGUUUGAUCCCUGGAGGUGCCCUUGAAAAAUCUAUGAGCAACCCUACAAUAACAAUCCAGCAUGAUCCCACACGGGGGGGGGAG